AUGGGGCUUGGCAGUAGUUUCAUUAAGAGAAUUGCGGAAAGUCUACCUGAAGACACAAUAGUUGAGAAUGAAAGGGGCAUAACGCUGUUUGGUAUGCCUAUGUUUUCGCCAAAGCUGCUGAUACCUCAAGUAGACCCAACCCACUGGCAGCUCAUCAAUGUCAAGGAGUCAACGGUUAGGAAUGUGGGUGAACGUUCGGUUCUUUCGCGAGGAGAGUUUUAUCCAUUGACAGCAAACUGCAACCAAACAGAGAAGUGGUAUGUGCUAAUGGAUUUUGGGGAUUCUAUUGAUAUGGAUGACCAGGGAUGGCUCUAUAGCUGGGUUUUUUCAUCGGCGCGGUGGAAAUCAAAACAUGGGUUCGUUAGGAGACGUAUAUGGGUAAGAAGACCCGAACAAAUGCAGGGCUGUUCAGCGUUCUCAUCCAUUUCAUCAGCCGAAGGAUCGGGGUCACUUUCACUUCCGGAAUCUCAGACCAAUAUAGACCCAGUGAAGAGGUAUCUCUUGAGCGCUCGUGAGCAGCUGAUAAUGGGGCUAAUGCGACAAAGCUUGGACAGGCACAGGUUUGAACUGCUGGAUUCUUCGCUGAAAAAUGGUGCCAUAGAUAAAGCGGCUCUAGAGGAUUCUGUUUUUGUGGAUAAAAUCAGUAGAUGUUUUGAGUUCAAAACAUCAAAAGAAAGAUUCUUGCACAUUUGGCUCCCGACUGUGUUGGAAUUCUGA